AUGUUUAAAAAGAAAUGUAAGCAAGACUAUGUGUUGAACAUAGGAUAUGUCCAAGGGUUAGAGGUUUUUGAAGGAAAAGAAGUUGUGCUAAAAUGGAGGAGAGGGAAAAAAGAUACAAAUAAAGGAAAAUUUAAUUCAAUGAGAGUUUUGAAAGGGGUUGCAUUAGCUGGAACUGAUGCAGUAAUUAAAUUACAUUGUACUUUAUUUGAGAAAUCAACACCAGGAUUUUAUGAAGAAAAAUUGUUACAAUUUAUUAUAGAAAAUAUUGAAGGAAAAAGAAUUGUUAGUGGAGUAAUUGAUUUAGCACAACAUGCUGGAUUAGAUGGUAGUAAUAGAGAUAUAGUUAUUGAUUUAAAAGGAAAAGGAAAAGUUAAGAAAGCACGACUAUUUAUAAAAAUAAGUUCUACAGAAGGUGUUGUCACUGGUCAAUCAGAAAAUACUGAAAAUCUUGUAUUAACUGAUGAUGAUGAAAUGAGUAUAUCUUCAGGACCAGGAGUUGAUGCAGUUGAUCCAAUUCAUAAUGCCUUAAUUCAAAAAAUGAGAGAAAAAGAAGAACAAGAAGAAUUAGAAUUACGUCAAAAACAAUUAAAAGAAAGAGAUGAAACUAAGGAAUUAAAUUCACAAAAUGUAGAAGUAACAGUAACAAAUCCUGUUGAGAAAAAAGAAGAAAUAACAUUACAUUCAAUUUAUGAGGAAAAACAAAAUAAUAUACCAGAACCAAAAGAACCAAUAAAAGAAAAUAAAGAGUCUCAAGAAAAUGAUACAGAAAGAGUUCAAAGUCAAUUAGAAUCAAAAGAAGAUAUAAAUAAAGAAGAAAUAAAAACGGAAGAAAUAACAAAUAAUAUUGAAAUCCAACCACAAAAUAGCAGAAAUACUACAGAACAAGAAAAUAUUACAUUAACUGAAAAACAACAAGUGGAAGAAUUUUUUAAAACAAAAAGAAAUUGUAAAGAAAUUAUUGAAAUAUUAAAAAAAUGUCAAGAACCAAUAAAUGUAAAUGAAGUAAUUAAACGAUAUGUUGAAGCAAUUACACAAAAUCUCCUUCCAUUAUUGAACAGUUGUUUAUUUUCCAAAAGAAGUAUUUCAGAAUAUACUAAUUCAGAAGUUGAACAAAUAACAUCAAAGAUAAUAAUGAAAAGUAUUAAAAAUAAUAAUGAAAUGAUGGUAGAAGAAGGAUGUUCAAAUGAAAUGAUAAAAAGAAUAAAUAAACAAAUAUUUCAUAAUUUAUCAUAUUAUGUAUUAGAUACAUUAAUUCAAGAACCAGAAAAUAUUUGCUGUAGUAAAGGAUUCCAAUUUAAAUUUUUUAUGACAUAUAUGGACAUGCUAUCUUUGGAUGAUGAAUAUAAAAUAUUUAAAGAAGAAUAUCAACAAAUGAACCUUAUAACUGAUAUUGCUAAUGUUUUUAUGCAACAUCACUGUAUUUCAGUAGAUGAAAUUUAUACUCUUUUUCCAACAUUAUCAAAUGAAAUUAUUUACAAAUUAUUAUCCAAUUUUCAUACUGAUGAUAUGGAUCAAGAACCUGUUAAAUCUGGUUUUUUAGAGUCUAUUCAAACAAAAUGUUCAAAUGAACCAAUACCAACACGUUACACAUUUGUAGCAAAUUAG